AUGGCCGUGGCCGCCGGCACACUCACAGUUUCGCGCAAGAGCCACAAGGACAUCAGGGCCAUCGGAGAUUCAGCAAACCUCUGCAGCUGGGCAAUGACUAGCAGAGCAGAGCCCAUCAGCUGUGGUAUUCUAUGCCAGUUACUUCUCCACAAAUUCUCCCACACCUCACUUGCUGAGCAAGGUGUCGAGCGAAUUACCCAGUUCAACACCAUGCUUGUUUUGCUCAUACUUGCCAUGCUAGGGAUGGCUGAAGCACGAGCAUCUGCAGUUGUGAGAAGCUUUGAUGGGAGCACCACCCAGUCUCUGAACCGCCUGAUCCGUCGGUUGGACGCCGGCAUGGGUUCUUCAAAUUUGACUCUCAGCUGUGCCAAUAGAUGCGGUCACUUGACCUUCAGCUACCCAUUCGGCAUAGGAGCUGGUUGCUUUAGGAAUCCUGAAUUCAGUCUCAUUUGCAACCACACCACCAAUCCCCCUAAACUCUUCUUGCACGAUGGUAGUAGUACAAGUACAACCCAGGUUGUGGGCGAUAUUUACCCCAGUGGCAUGUCAGUCAACUUCUGGGGCAAGCACUUGCAGUUCAGCUCUUUUUUUGUCAACUUCUCCAAAACCAUCCCCAUGAAAUCUGGUCUCGAUGCCUACAACAUGUCAUGGACUCCAGGGAAAACUUUUAGCCUUCUCAGUACAAUGUCCCUUUCUGUCAUUGCUUGCGACUUGGAUGUGUACUUGGUGCAUAAAGACCUUGGUAACCGUGAGUUGAUUUGCAAGGUAUCCUGCCCCAGCAUAGAAAUUGCGGAGCAAGUUUAUAGGCAGGACCGACAUGGCCCUGGGUCGUGUUCUUUUACAUAUUCUGCAUUAACAGUCCGCACCCUCGAGUUUCAAUUUGUUCCCCACAAGACAAGUAAGAUAAAAACACAAUCUAGACUCAACAUCUUGUGGGAUACAAUCGACAUAACUAUUAAUAUCUUAAUCAUAUGGAGUAUCCUCGACCAAACGAGCUGCUCCAGGAGCAUGGAGGAUAGCAACUAUGCAUGUGUCAGCCACCACAGCGAAUGCACGGUUCCUCUUGCCGAUAAAGGUUAUAUCUGCCGGUGCAUCAGUGGUUAUGAAGGCAAUCCAUAUAUCUCCGGUGGCUGCUCAGCUGUCCAUGAGUAUAAUUCAAGACCACUUAAGGCGAAUUGUUCUCGACGGUGUGGAAAUAUAAGUGUCCCAUUUCCUUUUGGCAUAGAAGAAGGUUGUUCUGCGAGGAAAACUUUUAAGCUCAACUGCUCAGACACUACACCGCCCGUUCUCUGGCAUAAUAAUGGCUUCGUUGAAGUGACAUACAUAAAUGUCAAUGAGGGGCUCCUGGGAAUCAAAUAUGAGUCGAGUGUUGGAGACGAGUCAUUUAACAUUAUGCUACAAUCUUCAGAAGCUGAUGAACCGAACCUGUAUGUCAAUCCUCUGGAAUCAGCCUCUGUGCAGUGGGCUGUCGCUAAUCUUACAUGCCAAGAGGCGGAAAAAAACACCUCUGGAUAUGCGUGCGUUAGUGUCCAUAGCUUUUGCCUGGGUGUCAUCAGCUCCAUGGAAGGUUAUGUUGGAUACAGGUGUGCAUGCUUGCGCGGUUUUGAAGGAAAUCCAUACAUCCCAGAUGGUUGUGAAGAUAUUGAUGAGUGCAAACGGACACCAGGACUUUGCAAAGGGAAUUGCCAGAACACUAUCGGAAACUACACCUGCACCAAGUGCCCUGAUCAUACAGAGUAUGAUAUAACAAAAAUGCAGUGCACUCCAGUAAGAAAGCAAAAUUUCUACUUAGGUAUUGUGAUUGGGUUAAGCAGUGGCCUUGGCAUGCUACUUUUCGGUUUAACUACGAUAUUUCUCGUUCAAAGAUGGAAAAGAGACGUCCAGAAGAAACUAAGAAGGAAGUAUUUCCGAAGGAACAAUGGCCUUCUCUUGGAACAAUUGAUAUCAGGGGAUGAAAAUGCGAGCGAGAGGAAAAAGAUUUUCUCCUUUGAAGAGCUUAAAAGGGCAACAAAUAACUUUGAUCCUGCACGUAUCCUUGGACGUGGAGGGCAUGGCACAGUCUACAAAGGGAUCUUAUCAAACCAGCAUGUGGUAGCCAUAAAAAAAUCCCAGAUUAUCAGGGAAGGUGAGAUCAGCGAUUUUAUCAAUGAGGUUGCAAUUCUCUCUCAGAUAAAUCACCGGAAUAUCGUGAAACUUUUCGGGUGCUGUCUUGAAACUGAGGUCCCCUUACUAGUGUACGACUUCAUUCCCAAUGGUUCAUUGUUUGAAAGUCUUCAUCAUGAUUCUAGCAACAUGGUUUCUUUGACAUGGAAUGACUGCCUACGGAUCGCAUCAGAAGCUGCGGGUGCUCUAUGUUAUCUCCACUCUGCAGCCUCAAUAUCAAUCUUUCAUCGUGAUGUGAAGUCCUCUAAUAUACUCCUAGACACAAACAAUGCAGCAAAGGUUUCGGAUUUCGGUGCUUCAAGAAUUGUCCCCAUUGAUCAAACUCAUGUUGCUACAAAUGUUCAGGGCACAUUCGGUUAUUUUGAUCCAGAAUACUACCAGACUGGGCAGCUAAAUGAGAAGAGUGAUGUUUACAGUUUUGGUGUGGUACUCCUAGAACUUCUUAUCAGGAAAAAACCUGUUUUUACAGCUGAGUCGGGAAUGGACGAGAGCUUGUGUAACUACUUCCUCUUGGAGAUCAGGUCGAGGCAACCCAAAGAAAUAGUGGCGGCACAAGUUCUUGAAGAAGCGAGCGAGGAGGAGAUCAACGGGGUUGCUUCUCUUGCGGAAAAGUGCUUGAGGCUAAAAGGUGAGGAAAGGCCUACAAUGAAGGAAGUCGAGACAACAUUGCAGCAACUACGAAUGAAUCGUACAAAUUCAUCUCAAGUUUAUCCAGCCGUUGAGUAUGAGAUGCAAGGCCACCAGUCCAUGGCCAUGAACCUAGCCGGGAGAACUUACAAUGUAACAUCUCAGCGCAGCCAAAACGCAUGCUAUAGCUUGGAGCAGGAGUUCCUCGCAUCCGCUAGCCUGCCCCGCUAGAUAUGCUUGUCAGCUCUCUAGUGUUUUUGCCAUGGUUGUUCUUUCUAAGCUGAGGCAAAAAUUGUAUUUUGCAGCACCGUCUUAGAUCACCUGAUCUUGUAAGGCCCUACAUGCAAUCCUCUUCUUCACAAAAUGUAUUAUGCAGUACCAUCUUUUUCUGUUUGAGCAUACAGUUC